GCUGGCCGCGAGCCCACGGCGCGCCUCCCGCCUCUAUAUAAACACACGCAUCGCCUUGCCUUGGAUCAAAUCAGAUUGAGAGACGCUUUUCAAACCACCAGCCCUGAAGUCCUGCCUCCUGCUUUCCCCUCUUUCAUCCCCUUUGCCGUUCUUUCUUUCUUUUUUUUCCCCCCUCCUCUCUUUUCUUUUCCCCCAACAGCAACUCCAGAGCCGAGAGACUGCGUCCCGGGACAGACUGCCUUUUCUUAAUUGAUAGAUAGCCGGGCUCGGGUUUUCCACCUCCUCCCCCAACCCCACCCCGCCUCCCCCCUCCCGCCCGCCGCCGCCGCCCCAGCGCCCGCCCGGGGCUCUGUCGCCGGCUGCGUCCCUUCCCGGCUGCGGCCCGCCGACUCCGCACUCGCACUCGGGCCAACGCGCCCGCCUCGCCCGCCUCGGGGUGCCGCGGCCGCUCCAGCCUCUGCACUCGCCUCAUCUGGGGAGCCUUUUCCCAAGCCCCCAAAGUUUCUGGGUUCGUUGGAAUUUUUGGAUUCCGAUUUUCCCCCCUUUUUAUGCACCUAGGAAUUUUGGAGGAAUACUUUUGAUAAAUUGAUCUCACUUUCCGCUAGCUCUCGGUUCCCCUUCUUUUUGCCCUCUCGCUCUGAGCAGGGAAGGGUCUUCCGAGAGGCUCCUGGUGGAUAAAGUUUUCCAAAGUUUUUCUAGUGUGAUGGUUGAGGGGAGAGCAGGCUCACCAGCUUGACUCAGCUCCAUCUCACCUUCCCAGAGCAGCCCUAAGCCCGCAUAAAGGGACAAACAAACAACAAACAAACAAAGUUACACCUCGAGUCGCUUCGUGUCUCCUCUCUUCUUCUUCUUCCAGGAAAUCUUUUUCCUCCCUCUCUUCGAUCACCUCGCAGCCUUCAGACCCCUUCUCUCGGCCCCAUCUCCUGGGUUUCUCCGAGGGGUGCCAGGACCCCCGGCCGCAGCUUCCCCUCCCCCCGUCACUCUGGUCCGGCCCUCCCCUCCCCCUUCGCGGCCCGCACAGCCAAUCCCCCGAGCGGCCGCCAACAUGCUCUUUGAGGGCUUGGAGCUGGUGUCGGCGCUGGCCACCCUCGCCGCGUGCCUGGUGUCCGUGACGCUGCUGCUGGCGGUGUCGCAGCAGCUGUGGCAGCUGCGUUGGGCGGCUACCCGCGACAAGAGCUGCAAGCUGCCGAUCCCCAAGGGCUCCAUGGGAUUCCCGCUCAUCGGAGAGACGGGCCACUGGUUGCUCCAGGGUUCUGGCUUCCAGUCGUCGCGCCGGGAGAAGUACGGCAACGUUUUCAAGACACACUUGCUAGGGCGGCCGCUGAUCCGUGUGACCGGUGCGGAGAACGUGCGCAAGAUCCUCCUAGGCGAACACCAGCUAGUGAGCACCGAAUGGCCGCGGAGCGCACGCGUGCUGCUGGGCCCCAACACGGUGGCCAAUUCCAUUGGCGACAUCCACCGCAACAAGCGCAAGGUCUUCUCCAAGAUCUUCAGCCACGAGGCGCUAGAGAGCUACCUGCCCAAGAUCCAACUGGUGAUCCAGGACACACUUCGAGCCUGGAGCAGCCAGCCUGAGGCCAUCAAUGUGUAUCAGGAGGCCCAGCGACUUACCUUCCGAAUGGCGGUGCGCGUGCUGCUGGGCUUCAGCAUCCCCGAGGAGGACCUGGGCCACCUCUUCGAGGUAUACCAGCAGUUUGUGGAGAAUGUCUUUUCUCUUCCUGUGGACCUUCCCUUCAGUGGCUACCGAAGGGGCAUCCAAGCUCGGCAGAUCCUUCAGAAGGGCCUCGAGAAGGCUAUCCGUGAGAAGCUGCAGUGUACCCAGGGCAAAGACUACUCGGAUGCCCUGGACAUUCUCAUUGAGAGCAGCAAGGAGCACGGCAAGGAGAUGACCAUGCAGGAGCUGAAGGACGGUACCCUGGAGCUGAUCUUCGCAGCCUAUGCCACCACGGCCAGUGCUAGCACGUCCUUGAUCAUGCAGCUGCUGAAACACCCUGCUGUGCUGGAGAAGCUGAGGGAGGAGCUGCGGGCCCAGGGCCUGUUGCAUGGUGGCGGCUGCCCCUGCGAAGGCACCCUGCGCCUGGACACGCUCAGCAGCCUGCGCUACCUGGACUGUGUCAUCAAGGAGGUCAUGAGGCUCUUCACGCCCAUCUCUGGUGGCUACCGUACCGUGCUGCAGACCUUCGAACUGGAUGGUUUCCAGAUCCCCAAGGGCUGGAGUGUCAUGUACAGCAUUCGAGACACUCACGACACAGCGCCCGUGUUCAAGGACGUGAACGUGUUUGACCCCGACCGCUUCAGCCAGGCGCGCAGCGAGGACAAGGAUGGCCGCUUCCACUACCUCCCAUUUGGCGGUGGCGUGCGGACCUGCCUGGGCAAGCACCUGGCCAAGCUGUUCCUGAAGGUGCUGGCGGUGGAGCUGGCCAGCACCAGCCGCUUCGAGCUGGCCACCCGGACCUUCCCCCGCAUCACUCUGGUCCCUGUCUUGCACCCUGUGGAUGGCCUCAGCGUCAAGUUCUUUGGUCUGGACUCCAAUCAGAAUGAGAUUCUGCCCGAGACAGAGGCCAUGCUGAGCGCUACAGUGUAGCCUCGCUCUGGUCUCAGCCCGGCCCAGCAGAGGGGUAGGGGAUAGAGACAGAAACCUGUGGGGUGGGGCGGGGCUGGAUGGGAGGCCAGCAGCCCCCUAUGAUUUCCUCCUCUGGCUUCCUCUCCAGCAAACCCGCUCCGAGUACAAAAGGGCCCCGCCCCCUCCUGACUCCCACUCUCUUGGAUCUCCACUGCCCCCUAGCUUAGCUCCCGGGACAGGGCCAGGACAGGGCUCUGUGUGCCCAUGACAGUGUUAGAGCCCGCUGGCUGAGCUGCGGAAUGUGCUUAUGACCUUCUGAACGCUCCCUCUCUUUACCCCCUUGUCUUUUUGUUGGUGGUCUGGUGGUUGUAAAGGCAGGAGGGAAGAAAAGAGGGGGGCCCUUGGAGCACUCUUUGGCACCCUGCACCCACCACCACCACCACCACCACCACCACCACCACCACCACCACCCCACCCCCACCCCCACCCCCCACCCCACCCCCGCUCCUGUCACUGCUCAAAUGAUGUCCAGAACAGCGUCUUGGGGAUUCUCACCUAAUUCAACCUGGGCAGCUCAGGAACUGCCACCAGCCUUGAGGGUGCCCUGCACCAGCCUAACCAGUUUGGACAUUGGAAAUUACCUAUUGCUGCUAUUUGUUCUCUCUUCUGAUCUUGGGGUACGGGGGCCUAUAGGCUUAAUCCCCAGCAUCUUCCUUGGUGGCCCUGGGCAGGCACACUGGCACUCCUCUCCCAUGGGACCCACUGAGGACUCCCAGCUGCCCACCCCUGCCCCCGAGCCCAUAUUUAUUCACUGACCUUGGCUACACUGAGGUCUGGAGCACACGCCUGCCCCGACACAGCUGCCAACCUCUGGCCUAGCUGUCCUUUUCAGGGCUUAUGCAAGGCAAGAAGACAGAUCUCUGGUCUAACCCAGCUCCCUGGUGAAGGUUAACGGCCCUCCUGGGCUCCAGGCAAAUGUUCAGUUUAACCUCAGAGUCAGACACCCAGCAUCUCUGCCAGGUGUUGUUGUUGUUUUUUUUUUUUAAAUCACCUCCUCCCAUCUGUCAAAGGCCUGGGCUUGUGCAUCUGGGGGCCACCACUUCCUGUUCGCUCACUGCCUGCCCCAGUGCCAGCCACUCCGCUAGUGAGGAUGUGUAAGGAUACGGGUUCUUCUGAAGGGACUUCUUGCCUUCCCUUCCUUAACCCUCACUGUCUGCGCCUUUGCUCUUGGGAGAGCUCCCCACCCCACCCCCAUCCCGCCCCUGCCCCCACCCCCAUGCCACUGUCUGCUAAGCCCUGCUCCGGGUGUGGGGUGGCCAUGAAAGCGGAGAGGUAAGGUAGAGAGAGCCCUCCCCCUGAGAUGCCUCAGGCCCUGCGGGGGUCUGGAGACACUCCAGGGGAGGCUGCAGAAAGCCAUGGGGAAGGAGAGGAGGAAGGAGGACGAGGACAGGCAUGAAUGAGUUUUGUCGGAAGUGGUUCAGUUGCAGAGAGGCCAGCGGGGACGACUGGGCGGACAGGGCAUUUUGAGGACUGGCGACCUAGGACCCCUCCUGGGAAGAGUGCGGGGCUCCGACGAGUCUCUAGGCAAUUUCGUCUGUUUUCAGAUUCCUGUUUGCCUUUGUUUCCAUCCAUUGCUUUUGCAUGUCACCAAGGCAAUGGGUCCUCUUCACAAGAAAAUAAAAACGCAGAAUGACAGCCCACAUCAACUUGACCCGAGACGGCCACUGUCACGGAAAUUCAGCCACAGAGGAUGUCUGUCCCAUGUGAGCUGUGCUUCCCAAAUGUUUCAGUGGCCUCCUGCGUUUUCCUGACGGAACCCAAACAAACAAGACCAUUAGAACAGACGUUAGCCGCAAAAUUAAUGUGAAACUGAAAAUAAGUGUAACCCCUCCAUUUCCUUUCCCAGUUCUGAAGCAGACCAAAAUGUGUAAAGACUCGUCAAAGCGUAGGACAUAGGUGCAUGCUGCCCCCAAGCCAGCUCAGUGCCUGGAAGGGUCACUUUCCUGCACGCUAACCCUGCUUGCCUGUUUCAGACUGAAGAUGUGGCAUGUCGUGUAACUCUGGCCCUGGUGCGGGACAGGGAGACUGGAGGGCCCCAGCAGGCUUCAGGGGCCUUCCCUUUCAGGGGCCAGCCCAGGAGGCGUGGAGAAGGCAAAGCUGAGUGGGAUCCGUGUGAGGGGAGGAGGGAGAAAAGAUGGUCUGCCUGGGUGGGUCUCAAAGGUACCAGGCGAAGGGGCCUAGCCCGGGCGCCUGCGGGCGACACCUGUCUCACCCCUGUAGAUGUGUCUAUUCCGUGUUCGUGUGUUUCAUUGUGGUAGCAUUAAUGGGUGAUGUAUUCUCACAUUCCUAACUAUUGUAACUUGACAUUAAAAAGUUAAACCCCACAAGACUUCCUGCCACGGGCUUGCAGAUUGAAGCACUUUCGAAGUUAGGCGCUGGCGUGUGCGUUCUGGGCAACCAUUUUGAUCCUGCCCAGAUUUCUAUUAUUUUAUACACAAAACUUUUUUUUCAUAAAUGUUAUAAUUUUGUGUCUGUCUUUAUAAACUAUUAUAAGUACUAUUUUUGUUAUAAUUCAAAAUAGAUAUUUAGUAUAAAGUUUUUGCUGUUAAAUAUUUGUUAUUUAGUAAAAUAUGAAUUGUUCUUUAUUGUAAACAUGGUUCAAAAUAUUAAUAUGUUUUUAUCACAGUUGUUUUAAUAUUGAGAAAGCACUUGUGUGUUUCGUUUUGGUAUGAGCUGGUGCCGUGUGUGUGUUUUGAUUGUCGUGUGGUUUUGAUGUGUAUAUAAUAUUCCAUGUUGCAUAUUACAACAAUGAAUGUCAUGCAUUUUGUGAAAUACUCAAUGUGGCUCUUUUAUUGGCUUCCAUAAUAAACUGUGGGGACUCACCCUG